AUGGCACAACUGAACGGCACCGAUUACGCCUUUCAAGGCUGGAUGGGCCUGGAUAAAGACUCUAUUGGCAAUCUGAAAUGGCAAACCUAUGAGCCAAAACCCUGGGAGGAGUCCGAUGUCGAUAUCAAGGUCACCCACUGCGGGAUCUGCGGUUCUGAUCUACACACUCUACGUAGUGGAUGGGGGGAAACUAAGUACCCAUGCGUGGUCGGUCACGAAAUUGUUGGAACUGCUGUCCGGGUAGGUUCUGAAGUAAAGCAUAUCAAAGUCGGAGACCGAGUCGGUGUUGGUGCUCAAUCAGACUCCUGCCGCAACCGGACUGGCAAAUGCAAAGAUUGCACGUUAGGCCGAGAAAACCUGUGCAAUAAAAAGGGUCGUUGCGAUACCUACAACAGCGUCUACCUGAAUGGUGGCAAGUCUUAUGGUGGUUAUGCCGACUACAACAGAACACCAGGUGCCUUUGUAGUCAGAAUUCCGGACGGCCUUUCCUCUUCUGUCGCAGCACCGAUGCUUUGUGGCGGUAUCACGACCUACGCUCCUCUCAAGAACAACCAAUGUGGUCCUGGGAAAAGCGUUGCCAUUAUUGGCGUUGGCGGCCUGGGCCACUUUGGAAUUCUUUGGGCAAAGGCCCUUGGAGCUGACCGCGUGGUCGGGAUCUCCAGAAAGGAAUCUAAGCGUGCGGACGUCCUCAAGCUGGGUGCCGAUGAUUACAUUGCCACAGAGGAGCAAGAGAACUGGGCACAGAAUCACGCCGGUAGCUUCGAUUUGAUUGUCUCGACUGUUUCAUCUCCGAACAUGCCACUCCGCGACUACAUAGGACUGUUGGACUCAAAUGGCACGCUAAUUCAAGUCGGCGCUCCCGAGGACAAACUUCCAGACAUCAUUGCAUUUGAUCUUAUCAUGAAGGGUCGGUCUCUUGCAGGAAGUCUUAUUGGACCUCCCGCGCAGAUUGAGGAGAUGCUCCAGUUAGCAGUUGAGAAAAACGUGCAGCCCUGGAUCCAAGAACGGCCAAUGAGCGACGUCAACCAGGCCGUUCUGGACAUGGAGAACGGACUGGCGAGGUAUCGUUAUACCUUGGUGAAUGAGAAGCAUAUUUGA